AUGAGGAUUUUAAUUCCUGGAAUUACAUUUUUGUUUCUUUUUACAACAUCUGAAGCAAAAGAAGUUGAGUCAACAAUUAUUUCAGCAUCCUUUGAUGACUACAUUCAUCAGAAGUUCGAUAGCAUUUCUAUUAGUGAGUCAUCUUCAACAUUAAUUCCAACCGUUGACAAUGCAGUAAAAUAUUUUGAAACGACGUUGCAUUCAUCUACUAGUUCUUCAGUCAAUCAAAAGGGAGAAUCAGAUACAAGUCUAUCCACUGAAUCAACGUUAUCAGACGCAUCAAGCACAGAAUCAAAUUUCUUUUCAACAACCAAUUCUAUUGUAGAAUCUAAAAAUUGUGGUAAUAUCAUUUCAAAAACUUACAAUUUUCAUUUAAUGCGCAUAAAACUUGCAAACAAUUCACAUACACUACACGUUCAAGAAAAGAAAAUUAGCAAACUGGAACAAACAAUCCGUAAUCUAGAAAAUGAAAUUAAACUUCAAGAAGCAAAAUAUAAAGCAAAACUAAAACUUAUGACUGAUCAGAAUGAUGAGUAUCAAAUCUCGACCAGUAAAGUUAAAAGUGAACUAAAAGUUGCUAAAAAAUUAAUUUCAAUUGAAAAAUACAGCAAAGGGUUGAAGGAAAAAUUAAAGGAAUUCAAAGUCUCAGAUGAAACAUUCAGCAUUUACGAGAAAACGUUUGUUGGAUUAAAUGAAUUAGAAGAAUUAAAUUUGAGACAAAAUUUAAUUUCAAAUAUUUCUUCUUUUGCUUUCGAUACAUUGCUUAAUCUUAAGGUGCUUAUUUUAAGUUAUAACAACCUUAAAAAAUUAGAGAAUGAACUUUUCACUGUUAUAAAUGUUAUCGAAGAAUUUCAUGCUGAUCACAAUCAUUUGGAAGCUAUAAAUCCAAAAAUAAUCAGCGAUUUUGAUUCUGCUAAAGUUAUUAAUUUAAAUGACAACAACUGCAUUUCUCAACAUUUUCCAAAUGAUCUGACAAUGGUUGAACUUGCUAUUCAAGUAGCUAAGAAUUGUUGGAAGACAUCAAAUGAAAAAAAUAUUACAUGA